AUGGCCACCUCAGACAAUACUAAAGCGGCAUACAACAACGGCUACGAUUUAUUUUGUAAGUUCAGGUCCGAGUUUCACCCCCGUAACUCUUGGCCACCAUCGCUGGAGGAAUUGACAAACUUUGUCGCUUUCCUUUCCGUCAAAGGUUACGCAGUUAGCACUGUCAAAACAUAUCUAGCAGCUAUAUCGCAUAAGAUUAAGAUUUCCACCUCAGAAUUACCGGAUUAUACUUCACAUUUUAUUAUUCGAAAAAUGCUAGAGGGAAUGAAGAGAGAAAGACACUCCAAAGAUACACGGUUACCAAUAACGAUUCAACUCCUCUACAAAUUAAUUAAUACAUUACCCAUUGUAUGCACAUCGAGUUACGAGGCGAGCCUAUUUUCCGCGGCUUUUUCGUUGGCCUUUUUUGGUUUUCUUCGAGUCGGGGAAUUUACAGUAGGCCCUAGAAAUUCAAACACAGCAUUACUUAAGAACGAUCUCAUUAUACACGAGUCUUCAUCUUACUUAGAAGUUAACCUUAGGAGGUCAAAGACUGACCAGUACGGCAAAGGAACACAGUUAAUUAUCCCCGCUAUCGGCGGUCCAUAUUGUCCGUUAUUACUCAUGCAGCAUUAUUUACAACAAAGACCGAAUAUUUCUGGUCAAUUAUUUUGUCAUUUCGGUGGUAAACCGCUAACUAGAUAUCAGUUUAAUUCAAUCUUAACUAAAUGCCUCUCGCGUCUCAGUAUAUCUGGAUGCAACUAUAAAUCACAUUCCUUUAGAAUUGGAGCAGCUACAUACUUCCAUUCUCAGGGCGUUGAUGACGAAAUAAUUAGAUUGUUAGGAAGGUGGAAGUCAGAUUGUUAUCGCUUAUAUAUUAGGAUCCCGGCAGUCAAAUAG